AUGCCUCCAACCAUGAAAACGAUUUUUAAUCCUUGGGAGUCAAUACCACAAACGUGAAGUAACGCCUAGUGGAAAAACUUUAAAAACCUGUCAACGUGGAGACAACGUUCGCACGUAGCCAGCGAUGUCCCGAGAAACAAAUAUAUGGAGGAAGCAACUUGAGAAGAAGCUCGUCACUAGCGUUGUCGAGGAUCCAAGAUGAUGGCGAUGGAUCCAUACGAUCAAACCAGGCACAACGUGAAGCGAGUGAGGAAGAGGUACUUCGUCAUCGGCCUGUCCAGCAUUGUCCUGGUGCUGGUGGUGGUCUGCCUUGCCGUGGGGAUCCACAAGAACAGCGGGAGUGGCAAAGGCGGCAGCAGCAAAGGCGGCGUCAAUCUCCUCCAAGCUACGUGCCAGCAGACGGACUUCCCCCAGGAGUGUGUCUCGUCGCUCUCGUCCUCGACGCCGGACAAUGCCACUCCAAACGAUCUGGCAGCGUCGGCUGUUCGUGUGGCUCAGCAGCAAAUCCAGAGCUUGAUGAACAAGACGGAAGAGUACCUCAACAGCGGAGUCAACGCCACCACCAAAGCCGCGCUCGUUGAUUGCGUGGACAACCUCGACGGUGCUCUGGACCAGCUCAACCUCACCAUCGCCUCCAUCGAUAUCAAGUCCCUGCUCAGCAAAGCAUCGUCAGUGGACGAUCUCUUGACAUCACUCAGCUCUGCGCUAACGUUCCACGAUACCUGCAUCGAUGGCUUCGAAGGUAUCAGCGGCACUGUCAGCGACAAGCUCCAUGUCGAGGGAGGCUACGCCCACAAGAUCCUGAGCAAUGCUCUCGCUGUGGCCACCAUCUUCUUUUCACAGCUUCCUUCCCUGCCUCACUCCAUCCCUGUCCGCCGGCUGCUCGAAGAAACUCCCCAGGCUCUCGAUGGCGAUGAUUCCAUCCCCGAGUGGGUCUCAGCUGCUCAGAGACGAUUGCUGCAGCAGAAAAAAAAUUUCACCCCGAACGUCGUCGUUGCGAAGAAUGGAAAUGGGGACUUCAAGAAGAUUCAAGACGCCAUAGAUGCUGCACCCCUGAAAAGCAGCAAAACAUUCGUCAUAUACGUAAGAGCGGGAGUUUACUCAGAAAGUGUUGUCAUACCGAAAAAGGCCUUAAACAUUAUGCUGGUUGGAGACGGUAUCGGCCGAACCAUCAUCACAGGAAACAAGAACGUCCAGCAGUCGGGUGUCACCACUUUCAACUCGGCAACCGUUAUUGUCAGUGGAAAAGGAUUCUUUGCAAGAGAUCUUACCAUCAGAAACACCGCUGGACCUGAGAACCACCAAGCCGUAGCACUUCGAGUAAGUGCAGACCAAGUCGUCUUCUACCGGUGCUCUCUCGAGGCCUUCCAGGACACGCUCUACGCACACACGCUCCGCCAGUUCUACAGAGACUGCCUCAUCAUGGGUACCGUCGACUUUGUUUUUGGUAACGGAGCUGCUGUCAUCCAGAACUGCACCGUCUUGGCCAGAGUUGGCAUUCCGGGCCAGCAAGUCACCUUCACAGCACAGGGGCGCGUCGAUAAGAGGCAGACCACAGGCCUGUCUUUCAUCAGCUGCAAGAUAGAUGCAACUCCUGAGCUAAGGAACGAGAUUGCACAACAUCCAUCGUACCUUGGAAGGCCGUGGAAGCUCUACUCACGGACAGUCUUCAUGAAGUCGUUCAUCAGCGAUAUAAUUGAACCCCGUGGAUGGCUGGAGUGGAACGGAGACUUCGCUCUCAGCACUCUGUUCUACGGUGAGUAUAAAAACACUGGCCCUGGUUCUGACAGAAGCAAACGCGUUCAAUGGUCGACUGGAAUCACAGACAAGAAGGUGGCUAGUAAGUUCACGGUGAAGUCUUUCAUCAAUGGCAACUCAUGGGUGCCACAGAGUGUACCCUUUGCAGCUGGCUUAUAGACAAGCCAAAGUUUUCCGGAUUGCUUUUUCAUUCUUUAUGCGUGCCUGGAGCAGCACACAUUUCACUGAAUAAAGUACUAAAGGAUACACAGAUUA